AUGGCAAUGCAUGCAGUUAUUACAUGCCAGAACCACGUGGCUAAUAGCAAGCGUUUAUUAUGAACGCUUUUCUUCUACAAGAAGUCUUACUACAGAGGUAUAAUUCACAUUUUACGGAACUACGGAAUAAAAUAACAAGUCGAACAAAACCAGGAUCAUUAUGGAAUUGUAAUCCCAACUCCUCCAGACCCGUCGGACACAGUAUGCAAAGGAGCCUGAAGCUGAAACUUCAAAAUGCAGUGAAUCAAAUAUCGUUCGCCGACACCGAUACUCCUGCCCUCUUUGUAGGGGGCAGGAGGCGGAAUCGGAAGAAGCGAAAGAACAAAAAUGGACAAGCCAAAAGAAAAAAUAAGAAGGGGACAGAAUCAGAGCACCCAUUCGUCUUAACUUCUAUAACACCAGAUUUUGAAUACUAUCAAGAUUAUGUACCUCAAAGGCCAGCUAUUACAUCUGUUGAAACAGAGCGCCCAGUGUCGUGUCUGGAUAUUGGAGAACCAAUGUUUAUAUAUGAACCAGAAGGGAAAACACAAAUUUUGAUCACAAAUCCGGACCGUGAUUCGCUGUACUGUAGCAACGAAAGCUUGGACUCCUCGCACUCCAGACACGACAGUGGUUGCGAACAAGAACCAAAAUCUGACGAUGACUUUGAGAUAAUUCUUGAUCAGGAAACCAACGCUGACAAAGACACUGAACAAGAUUCACAUAAGAAAGGCUUUCCAAGGACACAUAGCCGAGAUUCUGGUGUUUAUGAUGAAGAAGAUGAAGACGUUUCUGUUGUUGAUGCUGGAUUUGAUGAAGAGAUGGCGGAUGACAGCACUCUGUCUGAUAUAUCAAAUGAAGAAAAGGUCAGCUGCAGCUUGAAAGAUGAACUUGAACAAGCGGAAUCCAGUUUAGCAUCGACAACAGAGUUUGAUGAAGAUGUAAGCCAGUUUGAGGAAAUUGACUUGUCCGAAGAUACAAAAGAAACAGAUAUCAAGGAAUCAGAUGAACAGUCUGAAAUUAAAAUAAUCACCGAUAUCAAUCAUAUCUCGCAUGCGGAACAUUUCCUUAAACUGGGCGAUGAUGAUGACGAUGAUGACAUCAUAUUCGACAUAUCUCAACUGGAACUUAACACCACGGAAGAAGAUAUUUCGAACAUCGGAAAAGAAAACUUUCAGCUGAAGAUAAAUGAAGGCUCGAUUUUUGAUCCGACGGACCUGGAGGAGCACACCCCACAACGAUUACCUAUGGACCUACUAAUUGAUGAUGACAAAGACGACGAGGUUUUGUUUGACGCUGGUACCCGCAAGGAACUGAGUAUAACGUGCAAUCCGCUCUACGAACAAAGUUUGAAAGAUGAGGAAGAUAAACUUUCGAUAAAAAGUUACCAGAGUGGUUUCAAGACAAAUUUCGACAAUGUCAAUCAUAUUCGGAUUCCGGGAACUGCGCCAAAUAAAUCCCAAAAAGAAUCGUCUCGCCUGCUUUCAUCUCAAGAUGAUGACCUGGCCUGCUGUGUUAUUUUGUAAUAUUGCGUGCAGAAAACUGUGACAAAAAAAAACACGUGUAACCUUUGCCUUUAUGUUAUUCGGUGCUAUUUAUAUUGUGUUUUACCUGAUGUGUUUUGUUAUGUCGUAAUACAGAAACGAAGUGCCGCUUUCUAAACAAGU